AUGCCGGAAGAGCAGGUCGCUCCCCUGGACCUGGGGAGGUUGAUGAAAAAGUUUGACAUCUCGCACUUCGGCCUCAAUGCCAUCCUCCGUGGCAUGCAGCUGACCCUUGUCGGCGCCCACCGCGCAUUGCAGAACCCUGACCUCUUCACGUCCGUUCACUACAAGCAAGCGGCCCUUGCCGUCAUCAUAGGCAUUAUCAUCCGCCUACUGAUAGCUUUGCCGAGUCUAUGUAUCAAGUUCAUCCUUUACCUUCUUUCCUUCGUUCUCCCACUUCACCUUACGACAUGGGACGACACCGUUUUGAACACCCUCGCCUUCAUAGAAAACCAUGUCUUGCAACUGCCGCUCUUCCUUUUGAGCUUAAUGCGCUAUGCCGCCCCGUCUGCCCUCGACGACCUCUUCAUGAUGUCCCUGCGCUGGGUUGACCACACUUAUGCAGUUAAACACCAGCAUCAGGACCACUCUGACCCCUCCUUCCGCCCGGCCUACUAUCCCAGUUUGAGUCAGUAUAGCAAGGGAAGUGCAGAGAAGCGCAGUCCACAGACCACGAGACAGAAGAUCGAGUCUGCGGUAGCUUUCUUUUCUCGGUUCGCGAAGAAGGGUUCCAUCUCUCUUGCCGUCUAUGCAGCCUCGUUCAUCCCGAAGAUCGGCCGCUUCGUCCUGCCGGCGGCCAGCUUCUGGACGUUUAAGAGUGCUGUUGGGCUGGGGCCUGCAAGUCUGAUUUUCGGGAUUGGUGUUUUCCUCCCUCAGCGGUUCCUCGUGGUGUUCUUGCAGAGCUACUUCGCUUCGAGAGGUUUGGUACGCGAACUGCUGGAGCCGUAUUUCUCGAGGAUUCCGUUCACAAAGGAAGAGAAGAAGAAGUGGUUCCGCAGUCGGGAGGGGCUGUUGUUUGGUUUUGGCAUCGGAUUCUAUCUGCUGCUGAGACUGCCUCUGCUGGGGGUAUUGGUUUAUGGCAUUGCGGAGGCGAGUACUGCGUAUCUCAUCACUAAGGUGUCCGAUCCUCCCCCGCCUCCUUCCGAGUACAAAAAAUUUGCGGAGACACAAACCGAGUGGAGGAACAAACAGAAGUUCCUUAACCUUUCGCUCAGCAACCUCGACUCCCUCCAUGAUAAGCCUCCUCCGUACUCGGAAGUUGAUCCAUAUCCCACUGCUUCUGCCCAGUGA